GAGGUCAGACUAAUUUUAGAAGAUGCCAAGUAGGAAGUUUGCCGAGGGUGAAGUGGUCAGAGGUCGAUGGCCUGGGAGCUCCCUUUAUUAUGAAGUAGAAAUUCUGAACCAUGACAGCAAAUCCCAGCUGGACACUGUAAAAUACAAAGAUGGAACUGAGCUGGAACUGAAGGAGAGCGAUGUGAAGCCUUUAAAAUCCUUUAAGCAAAGGAAAAGUGGUUCAACUUCCAGCUCUCCUUCAAGAUGCCGUGGCAGCGGCUCAAGGUCACGCUCCCGGUGCCCUGGCAGGGCACCAAAAGGUUCCAGAAGAACUGCCUCUGCCUCCCACCAGGCUGACAUUAAGGAAAAGGAAGCAGGGAGGGAAAUUCUGCAAGUUAAACUGACUCCGCUUGUAUUGAAGCCAUUUGGAAAAAGCAUCCAUGUAUACAAUGGGGAGCCCGAACAUAUGGAGAGGAAUGACAUAUCACAUAAGAACAAGCAGGAAAGAAUUAUUUUGUCACCAGAAGGCAGUUACAUAGCUACACAGUACAGCCUUGGUCCAAGAAGAGAAGAGGCCAAAGUCAAGGAAGUCGAGUCCAAGGAACAAAAGCUUGUUACCAGAGGACCCGCACCUUUGGAGACCUUUCAAGUGACCACUCCACAGAGGAAGGACUUGGAGUUUGGAGGUGUACCUGGCGCGUUCCUCAUCAUGCCUGGCCUGCCUGCUGUCCUCUUCCUGCUGCUGCUGCUGCAGCGCAGACAGAAGGACUCCAGCCUACUGACGUUCCCUCCUCCUCUGCCAGCUUUGGACGAACUCUGGGAAACCAGAGUGUGCGGCAUCUACCUGCUCUGGUUUUUUGUUCAGGCUCUCUUUUACCUUCUGCCGAUUGGGAAGGCUAUAGCAGGAACACCUCUUGUUGAUGGAAGAAGACUCAAGUAUAGACUAAAUGGAUUCUAUGCCUUCUGGGGAGUGGGGCUGCACUAUGUGUACACUCACUCCCUUCAGUUUGCACUCACAGCCGUCGUCCUCUCGGUGCUCUUGAGUGUCUACCUCCACGCCCACUCUUUGAAGGCCCCGAGGAAUGAGCUGUCCCCGGCCAGUUCUGGAAAUGCUGUCUAUGAUUUCUUCAUUGGCAGUGAAUUAAAUCCUCGAAUGGGUGCUUUUGAUCUCAAAUACUUUUGUGAAUUGUGUCCUGGAUUGAUUGGAUGGGUUGUGGUGAACUUGGUGAUUCUUUUGGCUGAAAUGAAAGUACAAGAACGUGAUGCCCUCCUUGCAAUGGUCUCGGUUAACAGUUUCCAGCUCUUGUUUGUGGUGGAUGCCCUCUGGAAUGAGGAUGCGUUGCUGACUACCAUGGACAUGGUCCAUGAUGGCUUUGGCUUCAUGUUGGCCUUUGGGGAUUUAGUGUGGGUCCCAUUCACCUACAGCCUUCAGGCCUUUUACCUGGUCAGCCAUAAAGAGUCUGAGCUAGGGUAG